AAACGGAAACGUAAAACAAGAUCUCAGAAAUCACUUGAUCAUAUCACAAAGACGGAGACCUUCUUUGAUCGAAAUAGUAGUGGUGAAUCGUCGGAAUCCGAUGACGACACUGCAUUGGGUCAAACCACGGUCUGGAUAGGAAAUGACGAUGGCGAAGUUUUUGUGGUGAAUUCCACGGAACGAGUGCGGACGAGAGCGCGAGAACGAGUUGCUCGAUUACCGUAUCCAGUCACUUCUAUCGCCUCUGCUGCUGGUUACGUCUAUGUUGCUACAGCAAGUCCAACUAAAGUGCAGUUGUUACGGUUUUACACUUCAGCAGAUGGAGUUUGGGAGUUGGACUCGCCAGUCACGAUCGCUCACUCGUUGCUUCACCCCAUUUUGGCUAUGUGCCAAGUGGGCAGACGGCUGCUGCUCACGAGCGGUCACCAACUACACGCCAUGGACUUUGAAGGGACUGUAUGGGAGAAACCGGUCGACGUUGUGCCGACGUCGGAUUCACUGCAUCUGUUAGCAACUGCCGGUUCGGUACUGUUCUGCUGUGGACGACGAUCGACGAGCGUUCAUGUGGUGGAUGCUUUUUCGCUGAAAGUACUCAACCAUUUCAGUAUAGCUGCUUGUGUACGAACACAACUGGCAGGUUAG